CACUGGAUGCGCACAGGCUCAGCAGCAAGAGAGGGAGGAGGAGGAAAAGCUACAGUGCUCGGGAGCUCCUCUGGAUUUGGAUUACAGCAAAGUACACCAGCCUUUCCACGCUGGAGGUAUUUAUACGGACGACUGCCGUGCCAAGAAAUGUCCACCCUGGAUAAACUUAACCUUGGAAGCACGGAGUAAACACAAUAGUGAAGCUGAUGCCGCUCUUUGUUAUAUGAAAACUGAGGAGCACCAAGAGUGUUUGGACUGAAAGAAUCGCUCAAGAGACCUGCAGCCUGCCCACUGUCCCUCCACUCCAUCUGGCCACGGUUCUACAGGUUGAGGCUGAAGUUUACAACGUCCCCGCCAUGACCACCAUGCAGAGGCUGCUGCAGCUGCCGGUGAACGCCGUGAACAUCGUGAAGACGGUGCAGAGCCAGGUGCAAGGCCAGGAGGAGGACAAGAGCCCCGUGUUGACCCCUGACGGCGGGCAGCAGACCUGGUACAACGCCCUCCAGCCCGAUGAGCUGCGGCACCUCCGAUCAGGAGGCACAGGUGGAGGAGGUGGAGGAGGAGGUGGCGGCGGCGGCGGCGGUGGAGACCAUGAGGAACGAGCCCAUUUGGAGGAAGGAGGUGGAGGCGGCAGCGGCAGCUUCCAGUCUCAACCGCUGCGACAUGACGACCUGAAAGAGAUGCUGGACAGCAACAAAGACUCCCUGAAGCUGGAGGCGAUGAAGCGGAUUGUAGCUAUGAUCGCCCGAGGUAAAAAUGCAUCAGAUCUCUUCCCAGCUGUGGUGAAAAAUGUGGCCUGUAAAAACAUCGAGGUGAAGAAGCUGGUCUAUGUUUACUUGGUGCGUUACGCUGAGGAGCAGCAGGACCUUGCGCUGCUCUCCAUUUCCACCUUUCAGCGUGGCCUGAAGGAUCCUAACCAGCUAAUCCGAGCCAGCGCCCUGCGGGUCCUCUCCAGUAUACGGGUUACAAUCAUCGUCCCGAUAAUGAUGUUGGCCAUCAAAGAAGCCGCUUCAGAUAUGUCUCCAUACGUCAGGAAGACAGCUGCUCAUGCAAUCCCUAAACUGUACAGUUUGGAUCCCGAACAAAAAGACCAGCUGAUUGAAGUCAUAGAGAAACUCCUCGCUGACAAAACCACGUUGGUGGCGGGAAGCGUCGUCAUGGCCUUUGAGGAGGUGUGUCCGGAGCGCAUCGACCUCAUCCACAAGAACUACAGGAAGCUGUGUAAUCUACUGAUUGACGUGGAGGAGUGGGGGCAGGUCGUCAUCAUCAACAUGUUGACCCGCUACGCCAGGACCCAGUUUCUCAACCCAAACAUCAAUGAGUCUCUGCUGGAGGAGGGAGGCGGCGGGGACAAAACCUUCUACGGCUCAGAUGACGACGAGGACGAGGACGAGGAGGAGAAGGAGAAGAAGGCCGAGGCUGCCGCCGUGGCCAAGAGGAAGCCGUAUGUGAUGGACCCCGACCACCGGCUGCUGCUGAGGAAUACUAAGCCGCUCCUGCAGAGCCGCAACGCAGCUGUGGUGAUGGCUGUGGCUCAGCUGUAUUUCCACCUCGCCCCUAAAGCAGAAGUUGGUGUAAUAGCCAAGGCACUGGUCCGUCUCCUGAGGAGCCAUAGUGAAGUCCAGUACGUCGUCCUCCAAAAUGUGGCAACAAUGACAAUUAAGAGAAGGGGGAUGUUUGAACCAUACCUGAAGAGUUUCUACAUUCGCUCCACAGAUCCAACUCAGAUCAAAGUCCUAAAGCUGGAGGUUCUCACCAAUCUGGCCAACGAGACGAAUAUUUCCACCAUUCUCAGAGAAUUUCAGACAUACAUUAAAAGCAUGGAUAAAGAUUUUGUGGCUGCAACAAUCCAAGCCAUUGGCCGCUGUGCUACGAACAUUGGCGAGGUGAGGGACACGUGUCUGAACGGUCUGGUGCAGCUGCUGUCCAACCGUGAUGAGCUGGUUGUAGCUGAGUCGGUGGUUGUUAUCAAGAAGCUGCUGCAGAUGCAACCAGAGAAGCAUAGCGACAUCAUCAAACACAUGGCGAAGCUAACAGACAACAUCCAGGUGCCGAUGGCGCGGGCCAGCAUCCUGUGGCUGAUAGGAGAAUACUGUGAGCAUGUACCUAAGAUUGCCCCGGAUGUUCUGAGGAAGAUGGCCAAGUCCUUCACUAACGAGGAGGACAUUGUCAAGCUACAGAUCAUCAAUUUGGCAGCCAAGCUGUAUCUGACCAACUCCAAACAGACUAAACUGUUGACGCAGUAUGUCCUCAACCUGGCCAAAUACGACCAGAACUACGACAUUCGCGACCGAGCACGCUUCAUUCGCCAGCUUAUUGUGCCCACUGAGAAGUGUGGGGCCCUUAGCAAGUACGCUAAGAAGCUGUUCCUCGCCCUAAAACCUGCACCUGUCCUCGAGUCUCCAUUUAAAGAUCGAGACCACUUCCAGUUGGGUUCAUUGUCCCACUUGCUGAAUGCUAAGGCCGGCGGCUACCAGGAGCUGCCUGACUGGCCUGAAGCUGCCCCUGAUCCCUCCGUGCGCAACGUGGAGGUGAAGGAGUCUGUGCCUGAAUGGACCAAAUGCAGCAGCCGCGAGAAGAGGAAGGAGAAGAAAGUGGAGAAGCCGUUCUACUCUGACUCAGAGGGCGAGUCUGGGCCAACAGAGUCCGCUGACAGUGAGUCGGACUCUGCCAGCGGUUCAGAAAGCGGCAGUGGCAGCGAGGAGAGUGGCUCGAGAUCGGAGAGCGAAGAGAGUGAGGAAGGCUCUGAGUCUGAGGAAGAGGACGAGGAAGAGGAGGAGAAGGAGAAGAAGAAGAAAAAGAAAGAACUGAAGAAGCCAGUACAAGAAAGCGAAAGCGAACAGAGCAGUGAAGAAGAAGACCGGAAGAAGGAGAGGAAGAUUAAACAGCGCAAAAGCGACUCAGAGUCUGAAUCAGAUGAGGAAGAGGAGAGCGAGUCUGAAAGCAGCCAGUCAGAGUCUGAAGACUCUGAGUCUGAGGCAGAGGUCAAAAAGAAAAAGAAGGCACCUGAAUCUAAACCUCCUUCCAAACCUGUCAAGAAAGAGAGCAAGAAAGAGAAGAAAGAAAUGUCUCUGCUCGACCUUGAUGAUUUUGAGCCUGCUCCCUCCCCUCAAGUCACACCCGUCAACACCUUCCUCUCCAACAGCCUUGUGACCGACCUGGAGGGACUGUCUCUGUCUGACUCUGUCCUCUCCCCGGCAACCAUCGCUCCCUCCAGCGCGCUCAAGAACUACGAGCUGCUGCACCGCAUCACUGGGGAGGGCCUGUCGGUGGAGUACUGCUUCAGCCGGCAGCCGUUCAGCCCUGACGCCAACAUGGUGGCGGUGCAGAUGCAGUUCACCAACAACGCCACGUCCGACACCAAGAACCUGCACAUAGAGGACGUGAAGCUCCAGUCUGGCAUGAGGGUCAAAGAGUUUCCAGAGAUUGAGCUGCUGCCAGCAGGAGAGACGGCCACCGCUGUGAUGGGCAUCGAUUUCUGUGACUCAACGCAAGCGGCAAACUUCCAGCUGUGCACUCACACCAGGAAGUUCUUCGUGUCGAUCCAGCCGCCGGUUGGGGAGCUGAUGAGGCCCGUCUUCCUGACAGAGAACGAGUUCAAAAAGGAGCAAGGUCAGCUGAUGGGCAUGAAUGAGAUCACAGAGAAGCUGACCCUGGACGCCAAGUGCCGGAACGAACACUCCAUCGUCCAGAGAGUGACCACCGCCGCCAACCUCAGCAGAGUCCCGUGUGGGUCAGAUAGAGAGUGCAGUCCUCCUGUUCCUCCUCCUGAUCGUCCUGUCCACAGGUUCGCCGGCAGGACGGUGACGAGCAGCAGCUUGGUGCUGGUCACCGUGGCGACCAAAGAGGAAGGAGCCGCCCAGCUGACGGUCAACUGUGAGAAAAUGGUGAUCGGCACCAUGCUGGUGAAGGACAUCCUCCUGGCUCUAACGCAGUGAUGUGGGCCCGCGCUCCAGCUCCGAACUCCACCCUCUGACUCCAGCCGCCUCUCACAUAUCGUCCCAGACUCGUCAGUGUAGCAUCUCCCGCGUUCUCCUGCAAGCCGUGUCAGUGGGGAAGUGUUUUUGUUGUUUCGCUAAAGAGCCCUACACUGUUUAGAAAUUACUCCUGGAAACAGUGAAUGACGCAGCUGUGCCCAACGACAAUCAGGUAUGACUGAGGUUGAACCUGACGUUUUCUACAGUCCCCUUCUUUUGUAACACAUUUUCCGUCCCUGAAGCACUGAUUGGAUUUAUUGGGCUCAAAUUGUCAGAAAAAAAAAAUAGGUGGUGAUUUGUGCAUCCUUUAAAUGAGUAAAUGACUUCUAAACUAUGUACCAUUCAGAUACAUUGGAAAGCCCAAUAAUAGUUAGUAUUUCCCCCUUAGUCAGACAUUACAAGAGCUUGAAGAUUCAUUUUUGUCUUUGCAAGCAGCAGUUUGACCAAAUCUUUGAUUUUCUGAAGCUUUCAGACACAGUUUGGGUUCUUCAUCAGUGCAACGAUCACACAAUCUGAGCAGUCGGGGAAAAUCAAACCAAAACGAGCCACGGCAUCAUCUGGCAAGAGGACAAAGUCACCAGUGAAACACUAAAACCUAAACCAACCGCUAAAAUGUAAACCAAGACUCAUCACUAUUAUCAUCACACCAUCUGUCUGGAUGAUGUGAUGAUGGGAACGGGGCAUCACAACUUCCCCCGUAUGAUAACAAAUGAGAAACUCUGUCUGAAGCUUCAGAAGCACCAAAAUGUCUGUCUGUGGCCUUUACAUGAGGAUGUAGACAGUAAAUUGAAACAACAAACCCCACCCACACUACUGAAUCAAUAGAAUAAUGUCCACUUCUGAGGUCGUUUCAAAGAGUUUCACCAAUAUCCGUUUUUUAAUGUGAUCGGGUUUGGAGGAAACAAUUAUAAAUAGAUUGCCCACUAAUCUGUCCCACCAGUUUUAAGUGUUGGCUUGCCAGCAGCUGAAAUAAUUUAAGAUGUAGAUACUAUAGGUAACACACAGUAGGUAAGAGAAUGUACGUUAUUUCCCCUCAAAACAGGUCAUCAGUUUCCAUCCAGUUAUCUGAAGACUUUACAGUAUCAAGGCUCGGCCGAGACAACCACCACGACCUGUGAUAACUAUUCCAUUUUGACACAGCAGAUGUUGUCAGUCAAUAACUCACCUCUACAGCCAAAACAGAUGGACUCUCUUGGCGUGUGAUUUUAGCAUUACCCUGGCGGUCAUAGUGCACAUGGUCAUCACAGUAACUGGGGCACUGAAGAAAACUGUAAAUGUUGCUGCACUGCAACACGUAAUACUAUAAGGUGUGGUGUGUGUAUGCUUGUACGUGUAUGUGUGUUGUGUGUGUGUGUGUGUGUGUGUGUGUGUGUGUGUGGACGUGAUGACCGACCUGACGAACACAAACUAUCUGUUUUCAAUGUGAGUUUUUGUAACACUGACUUGUCACGGUUGUCAUGAAGCACAUUACGUUCAUCUGCCCCCACAAAAGACUCGACAAAACGCAGGAGAACAAGAAAAUAGAAAAGUGUAACUACUUUAAAAGUAACGUCUAAAAUAACGACUUAUAAGACACAAGAUUCCUGUAAUAAUUGUUUUCGUUCCAGUUAUUUUCUCAAGUAACCGAUUCUCCAUUGAAAAUGAGACAACUACUCACACUUGAUCUGCCAGAGAAAUAUUUUAAAAUUUAAAAUAGCUACUGAUUUCCAUCCUGUUGUCGAUUUACUUUCACUAAACUCAAAAAGAUAAUUUGGACAUUCUUGAGGAAAUGUACGUAUUUAAAUUUAAUUAAAUGAAGACAUCAAUAUCACUCUGUCUGAAUGCUAAAUGUGAAGCUAACAUAAUUAGCCUAGCUUAGAACUACUAGCCUUACUGUUCUGAGAGGAAACCAGGUAGAGGGACAUAUUUAAUUAGUGUAACGUUUAUUAUGAUCUGAAGAGGUGCUGAAACGCUGACGUUGUUGCCUUUGUACAGACAGAGCCAUGCUAGCAGUUUCCCUCUGUUUACAUGCUUAACUAUAAGCUAAGCUAACAAGCUGCUAGCUUUGUCAUUUAGCAUACAGCUAGGAGAAAGAAAGACAUCAAACAAGGAUUCAAUCAUCAAAAUGUCCUCAUUUAGGAUAAUAAUGUAUCGGGUCUAUGGAGGAGCAGAGCUGCCACAGUCCAAAAUAAAUACACACACAACAAAUGCACCCAAAACUAUUUAAAAAUAAAUGUAAGCGUUAAGCAUUUUUUGGAAUUUAUAGAGUGGAAGUGCAACACAGAAGUAAAUACAAAAUAACGUUUAAAUUAAAUCAACACCAUAUAACUAGAAUGGACAACUAAAUGGGAGUGAACAUAAAUGGAGAAAUUAAUAUGAAAAAAUAACAAGCAAAUUAAGGUGGGAACAUUUUUUAUGUCACAUAAUCAUUGGUCCACAGUAGCCUUCACACCUAGAUCACCCAGUGAAAACACUCUCUUGCUUAUAUUUACUGGUCUUCCGAAUAGCAUGGCUUCUUUUUCCAAUGCGUAAGCUCCUAAAUGGUUUCCUGAACAACAUCUUUUAUUUAUUUUUACUUAAAGACAGCGAUGAUCUAUGUGCUGGUGAUAACGUCAAGCAGUCUAAAGUGUUACUUUGAUCUCAUUUGUCAUUUUGUUCAUGACUCUAAUUACACGUUGAUUUGGGUCAAAGGUCACAUGGCUUCUUCUGCUUCCAGCAGCAGCACGUUUCUUAACUUAUUAUCUGUGUUUUGAUUUUCACCAUUUGAAAAUGUAACAGUCAGGUACCAAAGGACAAGUUACAGGCCGACUUAAGCAGCAGUGGGCGGACUUUAUUUUGGCCUUUUCAUCCUCGUUGCAUUGUCUGCCACUCACACUCGAUUUCCAGUCACCGCGGCACAGUCGUAAUGAAGAAUGUAAUAAGAAAGAAGCUCCACUUGUAAUGUAAGAACCCAAUGAAAAACAGUCUGCUUGGGUGAAAUUAUGCUCCAGCUCAAGAUUCAUGUCAGGCCUGUUGUUUCAUCUGCAGAGGUUUUCAAGUAUCUAAAGUUUUAUCAUACCCUGUGUGUGGUUGUGAAAUGUUGCCCUGAGGUAUUACAAGUUUAUUUAUUAUACAAAUAAAAUUAAAGGUACAGA